GCGUCAUCUCCUAACCGAGGCGCCAAUGCUCCUCGGCUUAAAUCUGCCAUAACCGGCGGCUUGUCGUCCUCCGCUCCUAAGAAGACCAAAGGUCGCGGUUUCCGUGGCGAAGCCUCGACUGAGGCCGAACGCAACGCUCGUAUGUCCGGCCGCUUUGAUUCCCUUGACUCCGACGGUGGGCCCGGGCCCGAACGAUCAAUUGAAGGAUGGAUUGUUUUGGUUUCUGGAGUUCAUGAAGAGGCACAAGAGGAUGAUCUACAAAAUGCAUUUGGCGAAUUUGGGGAGAUUAAGAAUUUGCAUUUGAAUCUUGACCGGCGUACAGGAUUUGUCAAGGUGAUGUAAAUUUUCCCUUUGAGAUCACU